UCGGAGAAGAUCAGAACAAAAGUUCGGAAGAAGAAGAAGAAGAGGAUGAUAUACAGAAAGUGGAGUCUGCUUUCCGGUCCACCGGUUAUCCUCGGCGGAGCCGUAGUUGCCGCCGUCGCUGUCGGCAUCUUCUUACAGAACGUUACGAAAGGGGAGCAAAAGAAGAAUGUCUCACCAAACAAAUGAAAAGGAAAAUUGGAAGGUGUUACAAAAAUGUGGUGUGAAUCAUUUGACCUGAAACAUUUAGUUCAUGCAGUGUAACCCAAUAAUGCUUUUUGAAGCUUUCGAAUACACAGAUAUUUUGGUGUUUUAGUAUCUUGUUGCCGGUAAUAAUAUUUCAUUUUGCACAUU